AUGAUGCCGAUCAAGGAUAAUCAGGAUGUUGCGUGUUUCCUGGUCACGAAACACUCGUGGAAGGGAAAAUACAAACGUAUUUUCUCAAUUGGAUCCAUGGGCAUAACAACCUACAAUCCCAGCAAUUUAGAAGUCACCAACAAGUGGGAAUACGCGGAUUUCAUAAGUGUACAGCCGACAAACAGAAAUCAAAUUGGAUUGCACGAGUUCAGUAUAACAAUGAGAAAAGAGAGAAAAGUUGAUACGAUGAAGUUCAGCUCGGAGCACAGAUCACAUUUGCUGACAGAGGCCCUCAGAUUCCGUAACCAAUUUGCUGAAAAGCCGAGGGAGAUACUCAGAUACCCAGCCUACAAGCACCACUGGUCGGACACAAGGCUCCCGGUGGUCCUGGAGAUAACCCCCUACAGUCUGGACCAACUGGAUCCAGCGACGAACAUCGUCCUCGCGAGUUACUACUACAAAGACAUCGAGGGUAUCGGAACAAUGCGUGACUACACCGAUGGUUUCGUAAUAGUCUGCGGUGGUUUCGGUCGUCUCCACCUCUUCGCAUCCCAGCAGAUUGACGAGAUUAAGCGAAAGAUCGUGGAAUCAGCCCAGACGAAUCUCGGAGUGAUGAUAAAAGUCCUGAAGGAGACAGUACCCCUUGACGAAUUUCUCGUCCAGCGGUUCGGUAGAUUCAGUGGGGAUGAACACAUAACAAGUGUCUCUGAGUUCACUGUACAUAAAAUAUCCUCGAGACACUCUGAUCCCCAGAGAAGAACACUGUGCCUGUCCGACACUUGUCUCCUCGAGAGAGAUCCCCAGACCUACAACAUCUGCACACUGAGACCCCUCUCAGACAUAUUCGCACUAGUCAGGGACAAUGCGAACCCUCAGUUAUUCACUAUUCAGUAUCUGAAUGGACAGAUGAGGAGUUACAUGGCAACUGACAGGGAUUCACUGCUAGCGAGUCUGUUGGAUGGGGUCAGGGCCUCUGGUAAUCGUGAUGUACAUGUCAAGAUGUGCCCCAUUGCCAGGGGGAAGAGGCUGGGACCCUUGAAUUUACCUGUUGAUGAGGAGGUGGAAACGUCACACGUUAAGUUCAUUCAACAGCCACCUGGGGGUAGAACUUUUGCUGAAAUUCUGGAAAGGUUCAAUGCUAAUGUACCGUACAGCGGACUUCACUAUUCUGUUACUCAAGAUGUUUGCAAACCGUUUGAAUGGACUGUUACGACUAUACAACUAGGUGUACACAGGGUGAUGAAUGACUACUUGCAGGGGUUAUUCACCGAGAACAAGGACAAGAUUAUCCUGGGUGCACUCAGCUCGCUGGUGAGCAGAGAGUUGGAGACUAAUGCCGAGGUGGAGGCCCAGUUCCAUGCCCUGAGGAGACUGGUAGCGAGUAAAGUUGGGUUUAUGGCGUUCACAACGUUGCCUGGCUUUCGUGAAUCCAUUGGGAAUAAAGUUGUCAAGGCGCUGAAGAGGCAGGAUUGUGGAGUGGCUCAAGCUGCUAUUGACUGCAUCUGUGCGCUCAUGCAGGCGAUGCAUGAUGACUGUGAUUUGAGGCAGGAACAGUUGAACAAGAGCAGUUUGCUGAGCAGCAACAAAUUCCUGGAGAGUUUACUGGAUAUGUGGAUUGGUCACGUUAAUCAUGGAACAGGAGCUCUGGUAGUAUCCGCCAUGCUGGACCUGUUAACGUUCGCCCUCUGCGUCCCGUACAGCGAGACAACCGAUGGUAAGCACUUCGACAAUCUCCUAGAGAUGGUAGCCUCCCGCGGGCGCUCCCUCUUCAAGCUCUUCCAGCACCCCUCCCUGGCAGUAGUAAAAGGCGCGGGCCUGAUAAUGCGAGCAAUAAUAGAGGAAGGAGCCGCAGAAGUCGCGGCGAAGAUGCAAGAACUAGCCCUAGCCGAGGGAGCCCUCCCCAGACACUUGCUGAACAGUCUGUUCACAGUGGGCAGCGACGGAAGACUGCUGACCCACCGUCAAUUGUGCAGACACCUGGUGGGUCUCUGGGUCACUGGCCACCCCACAGCCAUGGGUCUCCUCAAACGAAUCCUCCCAGUGGGUCUCCUCACCUACCUCGACUCCGAGGAGAAAGUCCCAGACUCAUUUCUCGAAGAGGAACGCCUGAACAACCGAGACAAUCUAAAAAUGGCAAUCGACCAUGCGUCCAAGAACAAACGUGGCCCCCAGUGGAUGGCGAUCGAGCGUCAGAUGCGAGUUGUCGAGAAGCACCUGGAGAACGCCCUCCAGCACUGGGGGGCACGCGUUGGAAUCGAACGCCGAGAGAAGAUCAAAGAACGACAGCUGGUGCUUCGUAAACGCCGAGAGAGAAUAAAAUCCGAGGCCAACUGGAAGCUAUUCUACUACAAAUUCAAUCAAGACCACUCGAUGCCGAACCUCAUCUGGAACCACAAGACCCGUGAGGAACUGAGAACAGCACUGGAGAAUGAAAUCCGAGCAUUCACAGCUGACAAAGACCUCUCAGGAGGUACAUUAAUCGCCUGGAACCAUCGAGAAUUCGAAGUGCAGUACCAGUGUCUCUCGGACGAGGUGAAGAUUGGGGACUAUUACCUGAGACUACUGCUGGAGAAGGACUGCCCAGACAGCCCAAUUCGAAAAUCCUACGAAUUUUUCAACGACCUUUACCACAGAUUCCUGUUAACCACUAAAGUAGAAAUGAAGUGCCUUUGCUUGCAGGCGAUGACGAUUGUCUACGGUCGUUACUACGAGGACAUUGGCCCUUUCUCGGACACAAAGUACAUUGUUGGAAUGUUGGAACGAUGCACAGACAGGGCGGAGCGUGACAGACUAGUGAUGUUCAUCCACAAACUGAUCCUCCACAGGAAAAACGUGAAAGACAUAAUGGAUCAGAAUGGCGUUCGAGCACUGGUGGACAUUCUAGCCCUGGCGCAUCUCCACACAUCGCGAGCAGUUGUUCCAGCGCAGACAAACGUCAUCGAGGCGGGUCCCGAGCAGGAGAGGGUGAUGGAACGAGAGUGGUAUUACAACGAUGGAGAUCAUCGCGCUGGUCCUGUCAGCCUGAAAGAACUGAAGGACUUGUACACAUCUGGAAAAGUCAAUCACAAAACGAAGGUCUGGGCCCAGGGAUUGGACGGCUGGAGAAUGAUCUCCCAAGUUCCCCAGUUGAAAUGGACUCUAGUGGCCAAAGGGACACCAGUGGUGAACGAGAGUGACUUGGCCACCCUCAUCCUCAAUAUUUUGAUACAAAUGUGUGAAUACUACCCCAGUCGUGACCCUGACAACGCAGUGAUCAGGCCCCUCCCGAGGGUCAAGAGAUUGCUGUCAGAUCUACAGUGUCUUCCCCACGUAGUCCAACUCCUCCUCACGUUCGACCCAGUCCUGGUGGAGCGAGUGGCCACUCUUCUCUGCGAGAUAAUGAGGGACAACCCAGACGUAUCAAAGAUCUACCUGACAGGUGUCUUCUACUUCAUCCUGAUGUACACCGGCUCCAACGUCCUUCCAAUCGCUCGAUUCCUCCAGCUGACGCACACCAAACAAGCCUUCAGGGGUGACGACAACACCCCCCCAGACAUAAUGCAGAGGAGCAUCCUAGGCCCUUUACUACCGGACGCCAUGGUAAGUUACCUGGAGAAUCAUGGAGCUGAGAAAUUCGCGCAAAUAUUCCUCGGGGAUUACGACACCCCGGAGGCAAUCUGGAACGCAGAGAUGAGAAGAAUGCUGAUCGAGAAGGUAGCAGCACACAUUGCUGACUUCUCUCCAAGAUUACGAAGCCACACGAUGGCUAGGUACCAAUACAUAGCGAUUCCAGCUGUUCGUUAUCCCCAAUUGGAGAAAGAGCUCUUCUGCCAGAUAUUCUACCUUCGACACCUCUGCGACACCGUUAAAUUCCCCAACUGGCCAAUCCCCGAGCCGGUGCAUCUACUGAAAGACGUCCUCGACGCCUGGAAGAAAGAGGUAGAGAAGAAGCCGCCCAUAAUGACAGUGGACGAGGCUUAUAAAGUCCUGGGUCUGCAGACAGGGCACCAGCACAACGAGGCAGAUGUUCGUAAAUCCUACUACAAACUAGCCCAGAAGUACCAUCCCGACAAGAACCCAGAGGGAAGGGAUAAAUUCGAGGCUGUGAAUCAAGCCUACGAGUUCUUGUGCAGUCGAAGCUGCUGGACAACAGACGGACCCAAUCCUGACAACAUCGUCCUGAUCCUGAGGACCCAGAGCAUUCUCUUCCACCGAUACACCGAGGAGUUGAGGCCUUACAAGUACGCGGGCUAUCCCCAGCUGAUCAAGACCAUCAAACUGGAGACUGAGGACGACAGGCUGUUCUCGAAGGCAGCGCCACUGCUGUCAGCAGCUGCUGAGUUGUGUUAUCACACUGUCCACUGCUCGGCACUCAAUGCCGAGGAGCUGCGACGUGAGGGGGGGCUCGAGGUUCUCCUGGAAGCUUACACAAGAUGCGUUUCUGUACUGAGUAACUCGAGCAAAUCCGACGAGGUUGCUGUUCAGGUUUGCACGCACAUCACCAGGUGCUUCGCUGUGGCUGGGAAAUUCCGAGGCUGCAGGGACAAGAUCGUCGAGCUGCCGCAGCUGAUCAAGGACCUCUGCAGAAUCCUUCAUUUCAAACACCUGACGAAAUUGUGCUCGGUUGCCACCGAGUGUGUCUCGUCCCUGGCGACUGACAGCAUCCUCCAGAUGCAGCUGCUGCAGUCUGGAGCCCUCUGGCAUCUACUCCUGUUCAUGUUCAAUUACGAUUACACCCUGGAGGAGGGCGGUGUGGAGAGGAGUCAGGAGGAGAACAGACAGGAAGUGGCGAAUAAUCUAGCUAAACUUGCGGUUAAAGCUUGUGCCAAACUCGGUGGCUACAUGACUGGGGAGAACGAGACUCCAGUGAAUCCAGUGACUGUUGCUGCUCUCGAGAGCCUCCUGACCCCCUACCUGGCGAGACAACUGUCCAAGGACAAACCUGAGGAGAUUCUCAAGACACUGAACUCCAACUGCUCGAAUCCUUACUUGAUCUGGGAUAAUGGGACUAGGGCUGAGUUGAAUGAGUACCUCGAGGGUAAGAGGCAGGAGAAGCUGAGUGGGAGUAUCAGUCUUGAGCAUGACUUCAGUGACUUCAAGUACAGCGCUCACAACGACGAGCUCGUCAUCGGGGAGAUAUUCGUUAAGGUGUACAAUGAACAGCCGACUUUCCCCAUUGAGAACCCCAAGGGGUUCACAAUUGACCUCCUGGAUUUUCUGUCGAAGUCUUCUGAGUAUCUGGCCUCACUCAACAGUAUGACCCUGUCCAAGAAGGAUCAGGAGAGGCUGAAGGGGAUCGUUAUGUCUCUGGAGGCCCUCAAGAACGUCAUCAAGAACAAUCCGGGGAUCGAGAUGCAGUGCAUCGGACAUUUCAACCUGAUCUUCGGGCUCCUGAGCUGCAAUAAUUUCAAGCCUAUUCAGAAGGGAGCGUUGGAGGUCAUCAAUAAUGUGACGAAGAAUCAUGAGUGUGUCAACGAUAUUGCGGCUAAUGAAGUUGUUGUUCAUUUACUGCUGACUCUUCACACUUUGAGGGAACAUCAGCUCCUGACUUUGGAGACAUUGUACGCCCUGAUGAGCACCACGAAGAUUGUUAAGGACGCCCUGGCGAAAGGGGCUGUAAUAUACGUACUCGAUUUAUUCUGCAACUCGAGUAAUAUUCAGAUACGUGAAGCUGCAGCUGAUCUACUUGCUAAGAUGUCGUCUGAUAAAUUGGCAGGGCCAAAAGUUAAGUUAGAUUUGUCGAAGUUUCUUCCAAGAUUAUUCAGCGAGGCCAUUCGUGAUGCUCCAAAACAAUGUGUUCACAUGUUUGAGACGAAACAUGAAAAUCCUGAGUUGAUUUGGGAUGACGAAGCCAAGGCCAAGGUGUCGAGAAUGGUGGCAGAGUUGAAGGAUGAUUAUUAUUCAGUGCAGAGGAGAAAUCCCAAUGGGAUUCUCAAGCUACCAGAGGCACCGAGUAAUAUCGAUGUUGCUACCAAUGAGCCUGUUGUUGGUGGUGUUUAUCUGAGAUUAUUCGUUGCCAGUCCAGCUUGGGCACUGAGGAAGCCAAAGGAAUUUCUGAGUGAUCUGUUGGAUACCACUUUAUCACUCAUGUCAAGGGAUAAAACCGAUGCUGAUAUGCUGGAACUAACGACUCAGGCACUCGUUUGUCUUCUUCAGGCUCAACCUGCACUGGCUGAUCAGGUACCCUCGUUGGGGCAUAUACCGAGGCUGUGCAGGCAAAUGGCAACGAGAAAUAGUCAGCCACCUGUGUACAAAGCGGCCAUACUUAUAUUGCAUCAAUUAGCCACAAGUGAGAUUUGCAUAAAUUCAAUAUGCCAGACUGAUUGUAUUAGCCCACUUAAGCUUGCCAUGCAGUCCAGGAAGGAUAUGAUUGCUGUCGCCUGUGAGACGCUCAAUAGAUUGUUUUCUACUAAUGAGGAUCGUCUCAUUAAGCAGGCACUAGAGGCGGAAAUGGUACCUUAUCUGCUGAAUAUUUUGGAGGGCAGACUCGACCUCAUUGACAAUCCGGCGACUACUAAAGCUCAGAUUGUUAAAGCUUUAAAAGCUAUGGCCAGGAGUAUACUCCUGGGGGAGAGAGUCAAUUCGAUACUGGAGAAAUCGUCUGUCUGGGCUGAGUAUAAAGACCAGAAGCAUGAUUUGUUUAUUUCGAAUGCUCCUACUGCUGGAUAUCUCACAGCAGGUAUACCAGUAUCGGCUGGAUAUUUAACAGCAGGCCCAAGUGCUCAAAUACCUAGUGCACCUCCACCAGUAGACAGAGAAGACAGGCUGAACCACAGAAAUGAUCAUGUAUGAUACGCCUAGCCCUCAAAAUAAUUGGUAACACCUCUAUCUAACACAGUACUGUGAUGUUACUGGCCAAUUCAUCACUGAAAAUUAUCACAUGGACAACUAAUCAGUCAGACAUUCCGUCACUCGGACAAUUCAUCACAUGGAAAAUUCUUCAUAAUGAAGGCCCGGCUGCAUUAUUUGCCAGACGUUGUCUAGAUUGCUUUCUAUGUUCGAUUUUUAUCUCGAAAUUUCAACUCGAUGCCCCGAAAAUUAUGAAUUUGGAUUGAAAAAAGUAAAAAAAAAUCUGAGCAUUGUGAAAGAGCGUUUUUAAUUCUUAUUGCGGAAUGAGUUCAAUAGAGGAGAUAGCACAGUGCAACUAGACAAUUCUACAAAAAGAAGUUCUUUGAAAAAUAUUAUAAUAUUUUUACGAAUUUUUGUAUUACACUUUUACGAUGAACUACGAAUCACUUAUAGUCCAACUAAAACUUCCUUUCUCGCAUGAACUUAGUUUCAGAUAACGAGUUUCCAUGGUUUCUAUUGUCAAAUUGUUGAUUUGUCAAUGAAAACAAAGGAAAAUCAUUUUUUCCAAAGGGAAAGGCCAUUUUGGUCCGACUAUAAAUCAAUCUCCUCAAUUGAAAAUUGUACUGUCCAUCAACUGUCAUUUUUAUUGGGGGCGUAAAAAAGGAAGUAAGAGCGAUUUUUCUGUUCUCAAUUCCCGACAAAAGUGACAGCUGAUCACCAGUACAAUUAUCAAUGGAGGAAAUUGGCUAAAGUGUGAAAAAAAACUCUUAAAAAUAUUACAAAUUUUUUUAAAGAGCUUUUUUUAUCACUUAUGCGUAAAGUGAAAUUUCUCUCUACACAUUAUGAUGAAAAAUACACACCUCCCACGGAGCCAAUAAUACGUUCAUCCACUCGUAUCGAAAUAUACUAUUUUUUCUUCACUUUCAUUGUAAAGAAGCAUUUUAAAUGUGAUGAAUUGUCCGCCUGAAGAAAUGAGUUGUGCUCAGUUAUCCUGUAAUAAAAUGGAAUGAUGAAUAGUUCCGUGUUGAUUAGUGGUAGAACCAACUAAUUAAUAAUUAUUGAAGCAAUCGAGCCAACGACUCUCAAGGUCAGUAUCCGAUCGUUUCUCGCAACUAUAGGAACGGAUUUAUCUGUGAUUAACUGUGACUCCAUGAAAUAUUUCAGCUUUGACUCAAUGUAAAGUUUACACGUAUUAUAAAAAUGAAAGAUGAAACUAUGAGAGAGGCAUUCAGUUUUCCUAGUUAUUUUAUAUCGUUAUAUCCAUUAAUCCAGUAUCAAGUGUAGGUGUCGACUAAGAUUCCCAUGAAAGUAUCAACUGAAAAUAUGCUUUUUUAUCAUAAAAAAGAGUUUGCUAGAUUUUUUUAGACGUCUGUACGUGAACUGAAUGGAGGAAUUUUCUGUUUUUAUCGUAUGCAAGUUCACUUUUUAAUCAUAUUUGUACUUAGGAGGCUUCGUGAUAGCACCAAAGUAGACAAUUAUCAUGUAAUAAAAUGCACAGAAUAUUCUGAGAGAACAUUUUUAUUCAGAACGAACAAAUUAUCAUAAAUAAUGUACAUCAGAUAAAAUUAUCUCUCUAAAGUUAUCCUAAGUAUUUUACUAAAUCAAAAACAACAUUCAACAAUUGGUAUUUCUCGAGGAUUUGAGAUCUAUUUGGUAUUCCUUUUGCUAAAUUUUAAAUUUCCAUUGAACAAAAAUUCUCGGUGUAAAUUGAAAAUCAUCUUUCCUGCUUUUAAAAAAACCAUCACGUACAAAAAAUCCAAUAGAAAUGUUUACUAUUUCGUGGAAUAGAUCAAUAGAUCUUGAUCUUUCUGUACGACUUAUUUUAUUGAUAUAUUUUCUCCUCAAAAUGACUUAUAAUUUUUUUAUCUGCAUUCUUUUCUUCUCAUUGGAAAAUUCCAGAAAAAAACUUGGAAAAUUUUACUUAAAAAAUGUCUACUGCAUUCUUUUGUCCGUGAUUCGUUACAGAUACGCAAAGAAAAAACGCCUAAAGUCCAAAAGUGAAUUAUCCCCGAGUCUGUAAAUACCUCGCAGAAGGAUUUUAAUCAUAAAAAUAUAUAUUGAUGUAACAUUGAUCUUAGGAAGAUCAUAAGUGAGCAAGGCCUACUGCCCGAGUCACGUUCACAACUGUAGAAUAAAUUCUAACAACAGAAAGUAAAAAAGAUCCUAUAAAACUCAGUAGGCAAUGAACAUGGAUGAGUUUAAUCUGUAAAAAUGUGGGAUAUUCUGUUGGUAUGCAGUUACUAUUAUUUAGAGAUUGAUAUCAGUCUUCUGGUUCAUAUCAUCAUUUCAAAAAUGAAAAUGAAAAUAAAACAUCAUGAUGUUAUUGAUCAACGAUUUGCGACUGUACAAUAGGAAUCGUUGAGAAUAAUGAUGUUUAACUGUGUCAAGAGCAUGAAUAAUUCAAUUGGAAAUGAAAAAUCAAUUGCUACUCGAUGAAUAAUGAAAUAUUCACACUCGUUGGACACAGAAAUCUACUCAUUUAUCGAUGGAUUUUUGGUAUUCGAAGAGGUAAUGCUAACGCCGGUGCGAAUUGUUCCAUAAAACGUGUAAAUCAACAUACUGUAACAUUUUGUAAUAUUAAUUAAUCAUUUAAAUCUACUGAUAAGCUACGCAAAGGACAAGCUUUAUAGUUUAUUUCCAUGUUAUUACUAUGAGUUUUUGAGAUUCAAGAAGUAAGAUUAUGUACAUAUAUGGAUAUUGAGAUAAAUUGUACCACAGAUUCUUAUGUACGGAUGGAAUAUAUAUAAUAAAAAAAUAAGAGAUUUUGCACAUGA